UUUUUCUUUAGUGGGGGUAAUUUUUUGUCUGUCUCACUCACUGCUUAUAUACCGCAAAGUAAGGUACAUGGAAAGUAUUAUCAGCCAAAGUUUAAUUAGAAAUGUAACCGAUAUAACUGCGAAAAUAAAUGGAGAAUAUCGGUUAAAUAAUCAAACAUUAUCCAAAAUCGAUACAAUUGCGGAGCUUGAAAUUGAGGAUGUCAAUAUAUUCGCAGACAUAUGUCUGCUAGAUCAUGUUUUGACAUUCGAUGCAGAAGAACAAAAUCUAAAAUUGAGCAAGAAAAAAUCGAGGUUAUAACCCAAAUCUAGAAACUUG